CGGUGGAACCGCCAAGCACGCGCCUUCUUCACCUGUUGCGCACAUGACAGUGUGCACACGUACGAAUGUUUUGUUUUGUUCGAACAGAUGUAAACUUGUUUUUCUUAUCUUGUAACGUAAUUUGUUGCGUAUUACUCGCGAAAAUCAAUCAGGUGAGAGUGUUUCUGUGUUAAAAGUGCAAAGUGAUUUUUCUCGACGUUGUACUGUGCAACAUAACCUCCAGCUGUGGAAUCUCAUACGUGUCAGUAUUAUUGCAAUAAUUGUCAUAUCAAAGCUGUAGAAGCUUCUUGAAUAUGACAGAUUAUCUUUCUGCUGAACUCACAGCCACUUGCGCUGUGCUUGGAUAUUAUGAUGGCUCUAAAUAUUAUCUGGAUAAAAACUGUUUAGAGGUUAUAAAAGAUCUUAUCAGAUAUCUUAGAAGAGACGAUGACACACACACUAUAAGAUGUUUUCUUGGUAAAACAAAAUUACUUCAGACAGAUCUUGUCAAAAUUCUUACACAUCAUGUUGACAAAACAGAACUUUGGGAUGUCUUAGUGCGACUGGUUAUUAACUUAACAAGUCCUGCACUUGUUCUUUUCAAUGAACGUGUACCAACUGACAAAACAAUGUACAGCUUGUAUCAACAAAUUAUUACAUAUUUGCAAGAAUAUAAGACAGCAUUAGCUGAUGUCAAUAUAUGGACAGCAGUGGUUAGUCGUUUGGGAAACCUACUCAGUGUUGAUAGUUCAGAAAGGGAGGAAGAAAAUGAAUUAACAAUUGAAAGAAUACUUAUUUUCAUUAGAAAUGUAUUGCAAAUACCACCUAAUGAUAACGAUAUAAGAGUCGAUAACGACGCUACUGUCCAUGAUCAAAUAUUGUUUGCAUUUCAUGCAUCAGGUAUAGUCGAUAUAUUGUUGUUCAUUGUCAAUAACAGUAAAGAGCAGCAAUAUCACAUGCAGAUCUUGGAGAUUAUAUCUUUGAUGCUACGUGAGCAAAAUGCAAGCCAAUUGGCUGCAUCUGGGCUGCAGCGUAGCACAGCUGAAAAGGAAAACGACGAAGCUACACUUGUAGCUUUACGUCAGAAGGAACUGCGAGAGAAGAUGGAAAAAAUAAAAAAGUAUGCCGGAUCUAGACCUCGGGGAUUCGACGGGGCUUACGUCGCGCGAAUUAUGAUAGGCGGAAAAGAAAAUCAAGUCAUGUGUCACAAACCGUAUCAAAAAUUCGAAGAUCUGGCAUUUGGUGAAGAAAAGCAAAGAGUAAAGCGACGUAAGGAUAAAGUAAGCCCACAAGAUGCGAAGGAGGAGCGCAUGUCUCCUCUUAGCGUGCGACUAUUUCUGAAGGAAUUCUGUGUCGAAUUUCUGAGCGGAGCUUACAACCCCGUGAUGAAAUUCGCCAGAUCCUGCAUUAUGAAUGCUGUGUACGGCGAGACGUCCGAAACGGUUUCCUAUCUAUGGGCCUUGCGCUUCUUCAUGGAGUUCAAUCGCCAUUACAAGUCUGAAGUGAAAUAUGUGAGCGAGACCAUAUCCACGGAAGUGUUUCAUUUGGUCCAAAGACAAAUGGAACAAUACUACGAGAUGAUGAUAACCGAUAAGAAAAAGAUACCUCUUUGGUCUCGUAAAUUGCAUUUGGCAUUAAAAGCGUAUCAGGAGCUUCUUAAGACUCUAAUGGCGAUGGACAAAAGUACGGAUCAGGGUGUUAGAGAGUCCAGCAAAAUAAUCAAAAGCAAUAUAUUUUACGUACCGGAAUAUCGGGAGACGAUACUCUCGCAAUUUAUAUGUUUCGACGAGACUAAAAUGUCACGGCUGUACUUGGCCGAUCUUGUAACUACCGUUCAUAUAUUUCUCAAAAUGCUCGAGCACUUUUGCAAGAAAGGUCAACGUCAUCUUGUGGUUCAGAAAGUCAAACGCAAAAGGCAAAAGACUAAGAAGCAAAAAAAAUCUGCUCAAACCAACGUAACUUCCGCUCCUACAUUGGAAGAACGUUGGGAUAUUGUCGGUCCCGAAUUGUCUGCUGUGAUGCGAGAAGCUGUCAUACCGGAAGUGACACCGUUCGAUGCGACCUUGGAAACGCCUAUUGACGAUCAGAAAACAGACGCCAUGAAGAGAAUCCAGAAAUUAAUGCGACAGAGGAACUUGGAGCAGGCGGUUGGUCUUCUGCGUUCAGCAAGAGAAAUCUGGCCUGAGAAUGACUGCUUCGGUAGAGCGGACAUGCCUCUUGACGAAGAAUUUCAGGCUCUUCACGAAAUCUUCUUCGCAGACCUGGGCGUGGAGGAGACCGGAACGCAAAACACGACAAGCACGAACGGAGAUGGAAUCGAAAAUUCCGCAAGUCACGAAGCAGACGAGGAAGAAGACAACGAAGAUGACGAAGAAGAAGAAGAAGAAGAAAGAGAAACCAUUAUCCAGGAGGCUGACUUUAAUUUGAACGAAUUUUUUCUCAGAUUCGCCAACGUGAAAGUCGUCAAAGCUCUGGCUGUGUUGCUGCAGCAAUUCGAGAAGAAUACGACUGAGAUAAAUCAUUACGUAUUGAAAAUGCUUCAUCGAAUCGCUUGGGACUGCAAAAUGCCAGCCAUGUUGUUCCAGGCAUCCAUAUUCCGUACCUUUCAAAAAGUGCUCGAGUCGAAAAACUCCGAUCACAAAGAGCUCCAAAAGUUCGCGGUCUUCAUAAUCCACCGUUUCGCCGAAGUCGCCCAGAAGAACCGGAAAUCGUACAUGGAGCUGCUCUUCUGGAAGACCACCCGCGACGCGACAGAAAUCAUGGACGGGUACAGCGCGGAAACGACUAACAAGAAAGUUUCGAGAGCACUCUGGACGGAAGCGGAAGAAGACGAGCUGCGUACCCUCUUCAUGGAGCAUCAGACUAACAAAUAUCCCCAAGAUCUGAUUGAUUGGUUAUUGGACCAUUUGAUCAACGAGAACAGAACGCGCCGUACCGUCAUCAAGAAACUCAAGGAACUACAUUUGAUAGUCAAUUCUAAAGGCGUGCGAGCUGAGAUACAAAAGAGGUUACCUAAAGAAUGGUCCGAGGAAGAAAUCGCCCAGCUUACGGAACUUUGGACACAGCUGAAAGACGAUGAUGAUCCCGUGGAUUUGAUUUUCACCGGUCUUAGAAUAAAGCGGCCCAAGCCGAAGAUCAAGGAGAAGCUUUUGGAAUUAGGAUUGGCGCAGGAUCGCAAGGAGCUGCGCAAAAAGCGAGCGAGAAAAAGUAACCGGGGUAAAUCGUCGUGGGAAACGCAAGCUGCCAGUAAUUCUGACGGGACCGAAAGUUCAGCCAGCGACGAGGACGGCGAAGAAACUCGAAAAUCCUCGAAGCGCGGUGGCGGCGGCGGCGGCGCGUCUCGCCGGAGCGAGGAGCCGACGAAAAAGAAGCAGCGUAACAAGCGACGGAAGCUACGGGCGAUCGUUUACACGGAUGCACAAUUAUCCGGCCUCCUAAAGGACGUCAUCGACAAGGACAUGAGAGAGGCGUUGGAAUGGAUCAGGGAAUCCCUGCAAGACGUUCUGGACGAUCGUGACGAGGAAAGCACCGAAGGCGUACCCUUGGUGCCGCUGACAGAUUACUCGGCGACCGCGAUGGAUUCACCGAGUUUUCAAAAGCUCCUCCGCGCCUUAGGAUUUGUACCACCGGCUGACGCCCAGGAAUCUUAUUGGCGUAUUCCGUCGAAUAUGCUUACGAACACUAUUCAGAAACGUUGCAAGCUCAUUGACGAUGUUUUAGCGGGCACGUUUGUAGUCGGUGAAACGCUACUGGAACCGCAUACGGAUUAUUCUGACACUGAUGAAAAGGCAGACGACAGUGAGGAUGACACUGACGUGUUUGAGAAUGUUAAAAAAUUCUUUGUGGCGAAAGAAUCAAUUUUAGAACCGAAACCGUCAACUUCUAAGCAAUCGGAAUCGCGUGCCGAGAUUUUAUUGUCGCAGAAAUCUGAAAAGUUUUCAGAAUCGAACGAAGAAAGUUCCGAAACAAAAGUUACGGAAAACAUUAACGAAAAAGAAACCAGCGAUGGAACGAAAAAUAUGGAAAAACGUGAUACAGCAAAAGUUUUGGAGGAAACGAACAAAGAAACUAAAAAAAGCAAAGUGAGAAACCGAGCACAGAUACUCGAUGAUUCCUCCGAAUCGGAAAUGGAAGUUGAAAGAGACAUCGAUGAUGCAAACGACGAUGUCAAAAGAAAUAGAUCUGAUUCUUCCGAUACGGAUAAACCGUCCAGUAAGAAACGUCGGCUGCUGGAUAGCGACGACGAGAAAGAAUCAUCAAAGAAUGAAAAUACUAAAGCAAAUAUCGAUCGCGUAAUCAUCAGCGAUGACGAUGAAUCAGGGUCCAAUGCGCAGUUUAAUCAUCGGUUUAAAUCAUCUCGCGUAAUAAGUAGCGACGAAGACGAUUAAGAAAACGUUUGUUCUCUCUUAUUUUAAAGAUAUCAACUAAAAGUUCAUGCAUCUUGAUUUCAGUCAAAUACGCAAGUUUUGUUUAAACAAUCAUAUAAAAUGG